AUGGCAUCGUCCUCGGACGCAGUCCUCACGUUAGCAUCGACUGCUAUAUGCGUCGCCCUCAUCGCAGCUAGGUGUCUGUACCGCCUCAUAUUUCGCUGCCACAUCCACACGACAUGUCACCGACGAUGGCGCAUCGACGACUUUUACAUGACCAUCGCGGUGCUCCCGCUUAUUGGACGCGCUGUGUGUAUAAUCCUCUCGUUCACGCUGAAUCCGGACCAUACGUACGAUCCGGCGACGGAGGCGGAGGCGCAGACUUGGGGGGAGAGUGUGCAGAGUAUUGAUGGGGAUAGAGAGCUUUCGCAUAAGCUGCUCAUACCUGCGCGGAUAUUCUACGCCAUGUUUUUGUGGUGUUUGAAGCUGGGGCUGUUGGCCUUUUAUUCACGCUUCAUUUAUGUCUUUCGCUGGGGCAAACCCGUCACAGAUGCGCUUUGGUGGUUCAUCAUCGCCACCUUCAUCGCAGUCUUUAUAACAAUCCUCGCCGAAUGUCGCCCAAUAUCAUUAAUGUGGGCGCUUAAUUAUGAUGACACGAGUAAGCAGCGACGAAAGACUUUUCGCCACAGCAUGUCAGCUAACAUUUGCACCGCAGAAGUCGCAUGCAAUCGCGCCAUCGGCAAUCUGAUACUAAUGGCGGUUUGCAAUAUAAUAAUAUGCAUUGCACUUAUAAUCCUCCCCUUUCCGAUGCUUCGACAUCUCCGGCUCGAUAUCAAGGAGAAACUACAGCUUGGCUUCUUGUUUAGCAUUGGCGCUGUGCUGGUAGCCAUCACGAUACUCCGCCUCCCUCUCAUCCUCAACCAAUCCGUGUCUCAACGAUCCCGAUCAAUGUGGGCGUCAAUUGAGAUUCUCUGCGGAUGCAUCGUCUCCAACACACCCUUCUUCUACGCUCUGGCCAAGGACAUGAAACGACAGCACGACGACCGACCGGAACGAUCACCAUCGAACGCUACAAAUCCGGGGGACUUUGACUUUUACAACCUACAGAGCCUACCGUCAUCAGCGGGCGUGCAGAUGCCUAUGAGAUCGUCGCCUGAUACGUCGAAAUGUACAGUACGUGGGGCUGUUGUCGCGCCAACCUCACGGCCCUCUGUGACAUCAGCCCAGCUUCAAACAUCCAUCACCAAAAAUGCCCAUCAAACAAAUCCAUCAUCAAAUAAUGUCGAAACUACUUCACCAACGCCAACCAUGCUUGAACAGCGUGUAGCUUCUUGGCUCGCCUCCCUCCCCGACGAAUACCCCCCAUCCGAAACCCUCUCCAAAGUCUCGAAGCGAAAGGCAGCGCUGCCUAGUCCGCCUACUUCAGACUCAAUGGAGGGGACAACUCCAAAGCGCCGUCGUCUCAUCGAUCUGGACCGUACGCCGCGCGCCGCAAACCUCCCUCCUCCUUCAUCAACCAGUUCAUCCGCUUCGUGGUCUGAGUCUGGCGAGGGAUCGCGGUCGAGUUCGCCCAAGAAACAAAUGCUCAGGCUGAGACUUGAAGAAAGAGGACUUGAAUGCAGACAAUUGAACGUUGACAUUGCGCCUCCCGUCAUCUCCAGUCUUCUUGAUACAAUUCAGGAAAUUGGAAGCAGGAUUGAGAUAUUGCCUGCGGACAAGAAGAGUGCUAUUCUGGAGAGUCCACUUGUGAGGGGGCAAAAUACGCGCUUGUGGAGGUUUGCGUUCAAAGAGGGUGACGAUACAUUGCCGGGACGAGUUCCUCUCCCUGAAGAAAUAGCUCAAAUCUGCGAUUUUGCGCGCCACUGUCAUGAUACAAACCAUGAAGAGGCGGCUUGGAAUAUGGAAGUGCACCAUCGUCUUCUCCAAGCUAUCCUGAGACAACCCGACGCUUCAACAGCCACGCCUCUCAACUUCACUUCCUGUACCACCGCCCGUCCGCACCGCCGCUUCAUUCCCUACUCCUCGACAGCCAAAAUGGUCGACUUCUGCCUCUACCUCAACCCCACCGACUCCCCCGCCCUCCAAGCCCUCGGCCGUCGAACACCGACCCUGACCGUGAACCACACCGACUUCGCGCCGCUACAAUUGUCCCCUAUAGUUCUAAGCAUCGAGACUAAGCGUCCUGGCAAAGAGCUCGACGCCGCACAGCUCCAGAUGGGAGUAUGGCAUGCCGCGCAGUGGGCUUUCCUCCGCUCCGUCAUUGGCCUUACACCACAGCCCUUGACAGCAGAGGAGGAAGUACUGCGGAGCCAAAAAGCGAACGAUGUUUUGGGGCAAUUGGGAUUUAUACCGGGGAUUAUCGUGCAAGGGCAUCGGUGGCUCUUUGUGUUCUCGACGUUGGAGGGGAACAAGACUGUUCUUUGGACAGAGAGACAGUUUGGCACGACGCAGAGCAUUCUUGAUACGUAUGCUGUUGUCGCGGGAAUACGAGAGUUGGCUAGAUGGGCGAGGGAUGUUUACGUGCCUUGGUUCAGGGCGAAUGUCCUUGCUGGGUUCCAGCCCACUGAGGUGGGAUGA